CAGAGAGGGAGAUACUAUCGGAUUGCUGCUCAUGUUACCGCAGAGUCAACUGUCCCCAGACACCGUGUUUUCCAACUCUAUGCCCCGGGAACGCUAACCAGUGGGGCAGACACUGCGCCCUCGCUGAGUGUCCUUUAGCACCUUGGAGAGCACCUCACGCUGCAGCGAAGAACAUCAAGAAAUUAUGUUUGAACGGACUUGGGAUAAUGACCUAACCAGCAACCUUGGCAGGGCGCCGUGGGCUCUCCUUCCUGUCAGCCCCGUCUAAAUGGUAAACUUGUGGUUAGUACAUUUCACUGUGAAGAUGCAGUUGUCUAUCGCUCAAUAACACGGAGCGCUUGGUGGCUCGCCGUUCACCAUGCUGAGGAAAUUGAACCUGAGGUUUCGGCCGGACGCCGAGGGUAAACUGGGUGAGUCCGGCGGUGACAGAGAGUGGCCGAGCGAGGGGUCCGGCAUCAGGCUGGUUCGUAGCACCUCCCUCUACCUGAUCGGGGAAAGUCACCAACACGUCGGAAGUUCUUUGAAGCGCAGCCAGAGCGCGGUGAGCGUCGACUCAUCCAUCUACAACAUCAAGGCCGAGGACAGACUAUGGAUGUUCUCCAGGACUCAGGACUGCCUGCAGUAUCUCCACGACCUGAUCAUCCUGCGCCAGCAGUACCGGCCUGCUAGCAACCACGGCAAGUCCAAGGACAGGCCCGACCAAUCCUCUGCCCUGGUAGCGCCUCCUAAAACCAGCAAGAAGCCAUCGCCUGGGAAACACGCCUCCAAAGUAGGUCUAACGAAGACAAAGGAUGAAUCCAAUCCUGCACCGGCACCAACAGAGGCUGAAACACUGGCAUACUUUGAUUCAGUCAUUGCAGCUUUUGAUCAGGGAAACAAAAGCAGGACUCAUACAGCAGAGGCUAUGCAUCUUGAUGUGGACUUUGUUAAAUGCUACAUAUUUCUCUUUCUAUAUUUAUAUCUAGUUGCCAGCAGCACAAGUGAGCACAGUUUGCAUUCCAACUGGAUCCUUAAAUCGCCAAGAAGGUACUCUAUUGACUUGGCACAUUUGACAAAGGUGGAGGAUUUCUCUCGAAGAUACAGUGAUGGGAUGCGAAUGAGCUUCAAGAGAUUAGAGCGACACCCUAUGUACCUCCCCAAGCUGGUCGAGAGCCCAAUUCACACAAUGAGGUUCAAGCCAAAAGCACCCAGUGAAGAUGACGAAUUGUAGUCAACUACAUCGCAACAGCUUUGAAAUCUGCACACACCUGACCAGCUUGUAUUAAGUCAAUCAAAUUCUUUGUUUAACAUUGCAACCUCCCUAUUAAUGCACUUAUGGGGACUGCUGGCGAGGCAAACGAUUAUCACCCAUUCCUACUGGCUGUUACAAAGGUAUUGAUGAAUCCAUCGUUGAGGUCAACUGGGGAAGCUGCUCCCUCGAUGUUGGGUGUCAGGCAUCUCAGAAGUUAGAGCUUGCCAUGGUGAAGGAACGGUUGUAUACUUGCAAAUCAACUAGCAGGGUAAUUUAUUCUCAUGCGCUGCUCCCAAUGAACUUCUUGGCGGUGGAGAUGAUAGAGCUGCCAUGUGCGGUUGAAUAAACCUUGUUGAAUUGCUACAGUACAUUUCGUAGAUGAUAUGCAAAGAAAGCAAACAGCACUGGUAGUGCAUGAAGCAAAUGCUCAAGGCGAUUAGCAAACAACUUAACAGCCACUGACUUCUGGCAGAAGCUUUGUUAAUAUUACAUGACCAUGAUUUGUUUUUGUAUUUGUCCUGUACUUGUAAUCUUAACCACUUAUUACCAAGAAUGACAAAUGUAUCAUUGUGCUUUAGCUAGGGAUACAAGACAGGUUCACAUCUGAUGGUCACAGCAGCUGAUUCCUUUUGUUUCCACUGGCCAUUGGUGUCUUUUACUGUCCACCAUGUUCAUAUUCUAACAGCGAGUGGGAAGCUAAUGUCACACAGGAAGGUGCACUGGACAUGUGCAGUCGUGGACUGGAGUCACCACAAGAGCAUGGAUGGUCAGAAAAAGUACAAAAUAAAAACACCAGGCACACACCCGACUAAGUGGGUCUGAGAUUUUUAAAGGUUCAUCUUCCAACGGGCCAGAUGUUGAUUGGGGCAAGUAGGUUGGAGAUAUAUUUGCAAUGUACAAUUUGCAGAUAUUCUCCCCAUGGCAUUGAGUUCAGUACUGUAAGUACAAAUUAAAUAUUUGCCAUUAACACUGCAAAACAAUGUUUUAUGGUUGUGACCCUAACAUAUCAUCUUGAAUGAUAUCUUCAAGAUACGGGUUGUACCUUCAAGGUAGCAGCAGAUUUAGGAAAGAAACAGUGUUUGUGAAUGGACUGGGGACUUAUCUCCCCUGCCCACGGAGGCAAUUUAGGUGUUCUGAGGUCAGCUGUGGUCUCUCUUGUGUAAGUAAGAACUGCAGAUGCUGAUUUAAAUCGAAGGUAGACACAAAAAUGAGACCCUUCUUCAGACUGAAGAAUGGUCUCAGACUGAAGAAGGGUCUCGACCCGAAACGUCAUCCAUUCCUUCUCUCCAGAGAUGCUGCCUGUCCCGCUGAGUUACUCCAGCAUUUUGUUUCUACCAUUGAACCAUGGAUGGGAUGAGUAUAGGUUUAAUGUAAAUGGCUGGUUGAUGGUUGGCAUGGACUCAAAAGGUCAAAAGGCCUGAUUCCAUGUUAUAUCUCCAUGCCAAUAGCCAAGUGUUGAGGAACAUUUGGGGCAGGUGAUGAGACCAUUUCCGAAGGACUUGAGGAGAGAAAUGUUGAGAGCCUUGGGGAGAGAAUGUGAAAAUCUGGCUCUUGGCUGCUGAAAAUCAGGAACCAUAGAAUAUGUUUGACACAGGUGGAUGUCACUGUUCCUCAAGUAAAUAAAAAAAAAUUAAAUAUAUAACCCCAUUAUUUUGGGGUUUGUUUGGUAUAUUUUUAUAUGUAAUCAUCUUUUGGAUAAAAUGUUAAUCCAAAAUGUUCUAAAACAUCUUUCAAAGGCAAGUAAUGUUGGCAUCUGGUCAAUAUUUGUAAGAGAAGGUAUUCAGGAG